AUGUCAGUCUCGCAUAAGGGCCUAUCACUCGGAGUCGACACGCUGGAAGCUCCAGCAGCAUCCGAAAAGCUCGAGAAACUUCACAAUUUCUAUUGGGUCUCUCAAAAGGAACCUCACGCCGUCAGAAGACAUGCGAUUCUCAAGGCCCAUCCAGAGGUGAAGAAGCUUAUGGGCCACGAGCCUCGCACCAAGUACAUCGUUACCGGUGUCGUGUUGCUACAGUGCUCCAUGGCAUUCGCCUUGCGUAACACCAGCCCGAAAUCAUGGAAAUUUUGGCUGUGUGCUUACGUCGUGGGAGCAACAGCCACUCAGAACAUCUUCCUCGCCAUCCACGAGCUAUCGCACAACCUGGCCUUCCGCAAGCCUUGGCACAACAGGCUGUUUUCUGUCUUCACAAAUACCCCCAUUGGAAUUCCUUAUGCCGCCUCUUUCGCCCCAUACCAUCAACUUCAUCACAAGUUCCUCGGAGAUGAGGUGUACGACACCGAUAUUCCCACCAAGUUUGAAGCACUGGUUCUAUCAAAUGUUCUCGGAAAGACUUUUUUCGCAACGUUCCAAAUCUUCUUCUACGCAUUCAGACCUAUGUUUGUGACCUCGAUCCCGAUGUCUCCGCUUCACUUGAUCAACGUCGCAUACCAGUUAACAUUCGAUUAUUUCUGGAUCACAAACUUCGGCAUAAAUUCUUUCCUAUACUUUCUCAUUUCCGCCUUCUUGGCCGGAUCAUUGCAUCCAUGUUCAGGUCACUUCAUCGCUGAACACUACCUCCUGAAUAUGGAGGAGGCCAUCAUUGGUGGUAAACUUGCAUUUAAAAACACAACGGCUGAAACUGAACCUGUUCACUCAACGGAAAAAUCCGAGAUUACUCGCCAAGACGUUCAGUUUUACGAGCAUUAUGCCCUCGAGACAUUUUCAUAUUACGGGAUUCUCAACUUCUUCACCUGGAACGUGGGCCUUCAUAACGAACAUCACGAUUUCCCAUUUGUUCCAUGGUCCAGAUUAUGGGAAUUGAACCGCUUGUGCCCAGAGUUUUAUCAGAGCUUGCCCAAGCACGAUUCCUGGUGUAAGGUCCUUUGGGAUUUCGUUUUGAAGGACGACGUAACCUUGUACAACAGAGUCAAGCGCGUCAAUAAACAUCUUACAAAAGCGGACUAA